AUGGCAAUAAGCAGAGCGGUGGAGCCUCUGAUAGUCGGGAGCGUGAUAGGAGACGUGAUGGACUACUUCACGCCUUCCAUAAAAAUGACGGUGGUCUAUCCCAACAACAAGCUGGUCUCCAAUGGCCACGAGUUCUUCCCUUCUGCUGUCGCCUCCAAGCCUCGCGUCGAGAUCCAUGGCGGCGACCUCAGAUCUUUCUUCACCCUCGUCAUGACCGACCCCGAUGUGCCUGGCCCUAGCGACCCUUUUCUAAGGGAGCAUCUCCACUGGAUAGUGACGGACAUUCCAGGAACAACGGACGCCACAUUUGGAAGAGAGGUGGUGAGCUACGAGAUACCAAGGCCGAACAUAGGGAUACACAGGUUCGUGUUUGUGUUGUUCAGGCAGGAUCGAAGGCAGUGCUUAGUGGCCAACCCUCUCCCUCCUUCUUCGUCGUCUUCUUCUGCGAGGGACUAUUUCAGCACAAGGGACUUCGCAACCCUCAACGGUCUGGGCCUCCCCGUCGCCGCUGUUUACUUCAAUGCUCAACGCGAGACCGCUGCCCGACGGCGAUGA